AUGUUUUUACAAAAAUCAGAACUUACCACACAUCAAAGAUCUCACACGGGGGAAAAGCCAUAUUCCUGUCCUGAGUGCGGGAAAUGUUUUUCACAAAAAAAACAUCUUCUCACACAUCAGAGAUCUCACACAGGGGAAAAGCCAUAUUUCUGUCCUGAGUGUGGGAAAUGUUUUUCAAAUAAAUCACAGCUUUACAGACAUCAGAGAGUUGCACACAGGGGAAAAGCCCAUAUUCUGUCCUGA